ACACCAUAAGAGAGAUGAACAAAUUCUAGAGAUAGAAAGUGAACAGCUUCAAAACCCACAUUCACAUCAGUCCACCAAGUCAUCGUAGCUCAAAAAUAUCACCAUUUCUAGAUUAAAGUUUCUAUUUUUUUUUUUAGUUUCAUAUCCUCCUCCUAUCAAAUUUUGGGAACAAUUCAAUUCCAUACACGGAUCGGACCCUGCUCCUUUUUCUACUAUUUGCUUCUGAUCAUUAGCUCCGUACGCAGCCCAGUUGGGCAGCUUCUAUUUUUAUUUCAGGUAGAGAUGGGUAUAUACCUCAGCUCUCCUAAAACAGAUAAGUUCUCAGAGGACGGUGAGAAUUAUAGCCUCAGAUAUGGCUUGUCAUCCAUGCAAGGUUGGCGUGCAACCAUGGAAGAUGCUCAUGCUGCAUUACCUGAUUUGGAUGCUUCCACUUCUUUCUUCGGUGUUUAUGAUGGCCACGGAGGUAAAGUAGUUGCGAAGUUUUGUGCAAAGUUUCUUCAUCAGCAGGUCCUAAGAAGUGAAGCAUAUUUGGCUGGAGAUAUGGGAACUUCUGUUCAGAGAGCAUUUUUCAGAAUGGAUGAGAUGAUGCGUGGACAAAGAGGAUGGCGGGAAUUAGCUGUUUUGGGUGAUAAAAUAAACAAGUUCACAGGCAUGAUAGAAGGGUUGAUAUGGUCUCCAAGGGGUAAUGAUAGUAAUGACCAACCCGAUGAUUGGGCUUUUGAAGAGGGCCCGCACUCUGAUUUUUCUGGACCAACUUCUGGGAGCACAGCAUGUGUUGCAAUUAUUAGAAACAACCAACUUGUUGUUGCAAAUGCUGGUGAUUCUCGAUGUGUGAUAUCAAGAAAGGGCCAGGCUUAUAAUCUGUCUAGAGAUCACAAACCUGACCUUGAGGCUGAGAAAGACAGGAUUUUAAAAGCCGGUGGUUUCAUACAUGCAGGACGGGUCAAUGGCAGUUUGAAUCUUGCAAGAGCUAUCGGUGACAUGGAAUUCAAGCAGAAUAAAUUUUUACCUGCUGAAAAGCAAAUUGUAACAGCCAAUCCAGAUAUAAACACUGUUGAGCUUUGUGAGGAUGACGAAUUUAUUGUGCUAGCAUGUGAUGGAAUAUGGGACUGCUUGUCAAGCCAGCAACUAGUAGAUUUUGUUCAUGAACAACUGAGUAUGGAAAGCAAGCUUUCUGUAGUGUGCGAGAGACUACUGGAUAGGUGUUUGGCACCAUCAACAGCAGGCGGUGAAGGAUGCGACAACAUGACUAUGAUCUUGGUGGAAUUUAAGAAGCCAAUCCAGCGCACUGCCUCCGCGAAUGAACAGUCCUCAGGAUCCGAAUUUACUGAUACUGAAUCUAAACAAAAAGAAAACGAAUUGAAGUAGCUGUUAUCUGUUGGUGUCUCAUCAGAUGCCAUUGUGCAGCCUCCUGGCUAGACCAUGUACAAGGGUCCUCCAUUUUCUUGAAAAGUUGGGCCCUUUUAUAUCUUUGUAGACAUGAAUGGAUGAAAUACUGUGAAAAUUUGUUCCAUUAUCAUUGUGCUGGUGUGUGCUUUACGUUUGAACCACAUUAUCAUAUUCAAUAACAUGUAUAGCUCUUUGAGAACA